AUGAAGCCGCUCUGGGGGGCUGCGCUCCUGCUGCUGUUCUGCGCCGCCGCCAGCUCUCAGCACGCCCCGUGCGUCUGCGAGAAGAACAAGCGUGUCACCAACUGCAGGGUGGCCAACGGCGUCUGCUGGUGCGACUCGGUCGGCUCCGGCCUGUCUGUGAACUGCGACACUCUGACUUCAAAAUGCCUGUUGAUGAAAGCAGAAAUGACAGGCUCAAAAUCAGGUCGUCGGGAGAAACCAAAAGAUGCGUUUGAAGAUACUGAUGGCCUUUAUGACCCCGAGUGUGAAAACACUGGUGUUUUCAAGGCGAAGCAGUGCAACGGAACCACCUGUUGGUGUGUGAAUACAGCUGGUGUGAGAAGAACCGACAAACACGAUGCAGACUUGAAGUGCAAUCAAUUAGUCAGAACGAUCUGGAUCAUCAUUGAAAUGAAGCACGCUGAGAGAAACACUCCUCUGAACAGUGAAUCUUUAAAGAAGUUCUUCACGGAAACAAUUACCAAUCGUUACAUGCUGGAUGGACGCUAUAUAAGUAGAGUUCUGUAUGAAAAACCUUACAUUACUAUUGAUUUGAAGCAAAAUUCCUCGGACAAAUCUUCUGGAGAAGUGGAUAUAGCUGAUGUGGCCUACUAUUUUGAAAAAGAUGUAAAAGGUGACUCCAUCUUUCAUGGUAACAAACUAAACAUGAGCAUUGAUAAUGAAAUGUUGCGUUUUGAGAAGACUGUGGUUUACUACGUUGAUGAAAUAGCACCGGAGUUUUCCAUGAAGUCGCUGACUCCUGGCCUCAUUGCUGUCAUUGUAGUAGUAAUAGUAGCGAUAGUUGCUGGCAUUGUUGUUCUGGUCUUCACAAGGAGGAGGAAAGGGAAGUACGUGAAGGCAGAGGUAAAGGAAAUGAAUGAAAUGCAUAGAGGGCUGAACGCGUAAUUAAAUCGGCUGAGGACAGAGUAAGAUUCAAAGAAGAUGACAACAGAAACAUUGGAGGCAUGGAUCUUAACUCUGAAGGUUCCUCCUGAAAGGGAGGCAAUUACGCUCACUUAAUGAUUGUUAAAACUCUUAACAGCCAAGGCUGGUAACUGUGCUACUACUUUACUAUUUGUUGAGAGUUAAACCUUAAAUGCCCCACCUUACUCAAGUCAAACUUAACUAUUGCUCCCUGAUUUUAUUUUUUUAUGAUGAUGAAAUGAGUUGACAACUGCUGUUACUAGGGUUUUGGAGCAUACAUGCUUAAAUGGUUAUUUUACCCUCAUGGGAGGUUUAUUAAAAAUAAUGAUUUUUGUAGCCAUGUUGUAAGGAGACUGUCUCCUGUAUAACUGAACAUGACGUUUUUAUGGCUGUUUGUACAUAUUUGAAGUUGCUGUAACUUUUUUAUGACUUGAAUUAAUAAAACUUUGAAACGGGCUUCUAAUUCUUCCAUGUUGAAAUGAUGAUCUGCUAAGUUAUUGUGCUUACAAAUUCAGCAGUGUAAUAUUUCCUUAA